UGUUGUCCAUUCAUAAAUGAAGUUGCAUAUUUUGUGAAGAAAACUCUCUUCGUGGAAUUUCUUAACUGAUUUAGGACAUGCUUGACAGAAUAUUGCAAAUACUCCUUGAGAUAGACAACUUGGAUAAUUCUACAAGAGAGAGGGGGGAGAGAGUAUUAUUAUUAAAUUGUUUUUGUAGAUUAACUUGAAAUAAUUUAUCUUUGAUUUCACUCGUAGAAUAAAGAAGAAAUAAUUGUGAGAAUUGUUCAGCCAUUAUUGUGUAGAGGUGAUCCUGUUUUGGAAAUCAAGAAGACAUUAUUAAUGGAAAAUGAAGGUUGUUAGUUCAACUAAUGGUGAGGUACGAUACAGGGUCCACACUCCGCCCGAUGUACCAGUGGGCAGUUACCGGUGUCAUGUCCAUGUCCCUCUCGGGAAGAACAAGUCAAAAGGAGAACGAGUUUGGGAGGACAAGAAAGAAGUAGUGUUCCUCUUUAACCCGUGGAAUAAAGAUGAUAGUGUCUACCUACCAAAUGAGAGGGAGAGGAAUGAGUACAUUAAUAAUGAGACUGGAUUGAUAUGGGCGGGGACUCACGACAGUACUUUCACGUGGCCUUGGAACUUUGCACAGUUUGAGGUGAUAAGUCUUGAGACAGUGUUGUACAUGUUGGAUUCAUGGAGGUUAGGAUCUGACGCUAGGCGGAGUCCAAUUCAUGUUACGAGAUGUUUAGCAAAUAUGGUUAAUAAUAAUGAUGGUGACAAUGGAGCGUUGAUUGGUCUAUGGUCCUCCAAUGAUGAUGAUUAUGCUGACGGCACUAGCCCCACCUCCUGGAGUGGAUCUGAAGCUAUUCUAACCCAGUACAUGAGUGAGAAGAAACCAGUUCGAUACGCUCAGUGUUGGGUGUUUGGAGGGACUCUUACCACAGUGUUGAGGACUAUUGGUAUUCCUUCUCGUCCAGUGACUAACUUUGAAUCAGCUCAUGAUGCUGAUUUCAAUAGAGCUAUAGAUUACUAUUUUGAUAGAAAUGAUAAGAUGAUUGAAGAUAAGAGCAAUGACUCUAUAUGGAACUAUCACGUGUGGGUGGAGGCUUGGAUGACCCGCCCUGAUCUUGACGGGGACUAUGGCGGCUGGCAAGCAGUUGACGCCACACCACAAGAACUCUCACCUCACUCCCGUACCAUGGUCGUAGGCCCCGCCUCCAUCCAGGCUGUCAAGGACGGCAAGGAUCUCAAGUAUGAUAACGAGUUUGUGAUUGCGGAGGUUAAUGCUGAUAUAAAAUAUCACGUUGAGAAAUCAGACGGUUCUUUUGCUGUUGUCUCAAGACAUGAGACUAAAGUUGGUAAGCACAUCAGUACGAAGGCAGUUGGAAGAAACUCAAGGGAAGAUGUGACGUCUCAUUAUAAAUACCCUGAGGGAAGUGCCUCUGAACGGGCAGCACUGAUGGGUGGGAGGGGCCACGAGGAGGAGGAGAAGGGAGCUGUUAGUUUCUCAGCUAAAUUGACCUCAGGACGGAGAAUUGGAGAAGAUUUGACUUUUGGAGUUACUGCUAAGAUUAACUCACCAAUUUCAAGUAAUAUUAAUGUGACUGCUGUUUUUGAGACCACCACAUACACUGGAGUAGUUGGGAAAGAAAUCAAGAAAUCAAAAUCAAUCUUAAGUAAACCAAUUACAUCAUACAUUUAUUUUAUUA